CGAUGCACAAAAAAUCCUAACCUCCUUAGUAUUACUGUCACAACAGUAAAGACUAGCUAAUACAUCUCCGAAGAAAUAGACAAAUAUUGAAAAAAAAGCGGUGAAAGUGCAGUAAAGAGAAGAUAAACUAAUGGCAAAAGUUAAAUUAUUGUAAUUGACAAAGAAAAUCAUGGAGAAUAACGAACAUUCCCGUAAGGAAACGAGUGACGUUUCAUCAGAUCACACCCUUGGCAGAUAUUUUGAGAACACUACUCCCACAGUAUUUGACGAGAUCGUCUCCAGUCACCGAGUAGAUCAUUCCUCAACCUCUGUUAUCAACGACCCGAUCUCCAACCGAGCUCUAGACCUAGACUUGACGUCAAAAUUCUUGAAGAAUGAUCAUAUGCUUGAAAUCGAGAGGCCCUCAGACUUGACUGUGCCCGAUUAUCACAGAGAUGCUUGGAUCCCCUCUGAAUCCACCAGGAAAAUCCUCCUAUCUAUCGCCACAUCACCUCCUGGGACUAGCCUGCCCAAUCGUGAGAAUCACACGAUGCCUGGACUGACUCUUCAAGGAGACAUAUUGGAUGCCACCAAGGAGGCAUCAAUUCAUUUCUAUGGCGAGGAAGAGCACAUGCACAGGAAUAUACUGACAGCCUCAGAUGUCACUCAAGAUGAACGAGGACUUAGGAAUCUCAUUCAGGCUGAGUGCUAUCGAGCUGCUGUCAACUUGUCUGGAAGGCUCCUCGCGAUUUACGGUCAGGGCUUUGGGAAAAUCGAUCAUCCAAGCAAACACACCCCACACUCGCUACAGCUUUGGUACACGAGGUUAGCUCUUCUUACAAAAUUGAAGCAGAUUGAUGUGCUGAAGACCGAGGCCCAAGCCUUCGGCAACUUGGAUAAACCUGACAUGUAUUUCUCGUUUCAUCCGGAACUUUAUGGGACUCGACAUGGGUCCAUGGCGUCAUUCUCAUUUAGAUUACUUCUGGCUGAGAUUCCCUCCUUCUGUGGUAAUCCGAGGGAAUCUCUCGACAAUCUAUACGCUCUUUUGUCAACUGUUAAUCAGAUUCUGAGGAAUUUGGAGGAGGGACUGUCUGAGGAAGGGGGAACAAGCAAUUGCUCUGCCAUUGAAAGACAAGACUCCAUGACAUUGUGGUCCAGGAGGAAAUCCAAAAUACUGAUUUCCAUCGUCAAUUGUGCACUCCUUGGCAAAAAUUUUGUUUUGGCUAUUGAAGUACUGGAGGACAUCUGCAAAUGUCCAGAUUGGCAAAACGAGCAACUAGAGGCUUUUAAGUUGGCUUUGGCGAGACUGCACCUGUUCCUCGGGGAUAUACCCGCUCCCGAGGGAAAACUAGUCACCAAGGAGGCCCCAGUGCAUACCCCAACUACCAAGGAAUGGAUCAAUCGAGGGCUCAUGGCGGUCACUCAGAAUGCAUUUCAGGAGGCUUAUGACUGUUUUCAAACGGCUCUGAAUGCUGAUCCUGCUAAUGUUAUGAUCGUUAACAACAUGGCUGUCUGUCUUUUGUACACUGGCAAACUUCGAGCUGCUGUACAAUUGCUGGAGAAUGCUGUCACGAAGAAUCCUAUUAAGAAUCUUCAGGAAUCGAUUAUUUUAAAUAUGAGCACUCUUUAUGAACUACACACGACACAUUGCAGGCAGUCCAAGCUACAACUGCUGAAACAGAUGAAUAGAUAUAAGGGGGAUGCAAUUGAUAUACAGUGUCUUAAGCUUGUAUAAUUGAAAUUUUUGGGGAAUAAAUUACAUUGAGAUGUUGGUAGCUGAGUUCGUACUUUGAGUCUUCGAUUGUUAUCGUAAUUUUUCUGAAUUUUGGUUCUGAAUCUAGAUAUUAUAAUCGUCCAACUUUACGUAGACAUUUUGCGUGUCUGAAAUAACUCUUUUUGCAGAGAAUGGCAAAUAUUUUCGAUCCUCGUGAGAGGAGUUGUGGCUAUAAACUGAAACUGAAUAAUGCAUUAUAAAUUAUACAAGGAAAUUAUGUAUAAAAAAAACAUUCAGGAACAUAUUGUUACUUUGUCAAUCAGAAUAAAGUAUACGUUUUGUGUUAUAUUCAAUACAAGAA